AUGGCUACGGACACAGCAUCGCCCAAGCCACGACAGGAAAGCCUGGACGACCGCGAUAAGACCAGCAUCGAUGGCGAUAUCUUGAAGGGCGGUAUCCGAGUGGGUGCCAUUGGCGGCGAAGAAGCCCGCGAUGCCACUGCUCGGGAGCAUGAGAUGUCCUUCAUGACGGCCGUCCGAACCUAUCCUACCGCUAUAGGAUGGUCUGUCUUCUUUUCCAUGGGCAUAAUUAUGACCGCUUUCGACCCCCAGCUCCUCGGACAGCUCUUUGCUACGCCCAGAUUCCAGAAGGACUUCGGGUACAAGUAUCAAGGCAAUUGGAUCAUCUCUGCACCAUGGCAGACUGGACUUCUCAUGGGUAGUCCCAUUGGCCAGGUGGUUGGAGCAUUCUUCGCGAGCUAUCCCAUGGAGUGGUUCGGUCGCAAGAAGACGUUCGGUGCCUGCGUGAUACUGACCGCCGCCUUCGUCUUCAUCCAGUUCUUCGCACGCUCUCUGCCAGUCUUGGUUACGGGUGAGCUUCUGGGCGGACUGGUGCUCGGCACAUAUGCAGUCAUCGCCCCUGCAUACGCCUCUGAGGUGUGCCCGAUCGCCUUACGAGGUGUCCUGACAAGCUACGUAAAUUUGUGCUUCGUUAUGGGACAGCUGAUCGCCAACGGCAUCGUUGCUGGAACGCAGAAACUGGACAAUCACUGGGCGUAUAGUGGCCCUUUUGCAGCCCAGUGGUUCUGGCCGCUGGUCAUUCUGAUUGCAUUGCCAUUCGCUCCGGAAUCUCCUUGGUGGCUCGUUCGCAAGGGACGUGAGGCAGAUGCAGUGAAAGCCUUGCGGAAGCUGGCUUCGUCGGAAGUUGAUGUGCAGCCAACGCUGGCCAUGAUUAUCGAGACUGAUCGAUUGGAGCACGAACUCGAGGCUGGCUCGACUUAUAUGGACUGCUUCAAGAAAAUCAACCUGCGCCGCACUGAAAUUGCAGUCGGCGUAUACAGCAUCCAGGUCAUCUCUGGAAUUUACCUCGUUGGCUAUGCGACCUACUUCUUCACCCUCGCCGGUCUCCCAACAGAUCAAGCCUUCAACAUGGGCGUCGGCUUCCUGGCGGUCGGCUUCGUCGGAACAUUAGUAUCCUGGGCCCUCCUGAUCUACUUCGGCCGACGCAUCAUCUACAUCGUCGGCCUCUCAUGCCUGGUCGUCUUACUGUUCAUCAUCGCGAUUCUCGACUGUGCGCCCAACUACGCGAACCGUCCCGCGAUUAGCUGGGCCCAGGCUUCGCUUCUCCUGAUCUGGAACUUCUGCUACGACUUCUCCGUGGGUCCUGUGUGCUUUGUGAUUCUUUGCGAAGUGUCGGCUACAAAAGUCAGGAGCAAGACGAUUGCUAUCGCUACUGCUGUUCAGGCUUUAUUCGGAAUAGUGAUGACGAUUGCUAUUCCUUACCUGGUCAACGCGGAUCAAGCCAAUGCAAGAGGCAAGAUUGGGUUCUUCUUCGGUGGGCUGGCGGGCUUUGCUUUGAUUUGGGCAUACUUUAGGGUACCUGAGACGAAGGGCCGGACGUACGAGGAGCUGGACAUCAUGUUUGCCAAGAAUCUGCGGACGAAAGAGUUCAAGACGUAUCUUGUGGACGGUGUCCAUGCGUAG